UCCGGUGACUCUUCCUUGGGGACCCUCCCCCUCUGAGGUGCGUCAUUCUCCCCACCCUUGGGUCCCGACCCCGGCGGCUUCUCGCGUGCGAGACACGCCGGGGACACGUCUUGGCUACCUGCUCCGGAGCGGAGGAUCCGGGGCUCCAUCCGCCCAGGGCCCCAUGGAGCUGCGGGUCAGCAACACCAGCUGCGAGAACGGUUCGCUGAUCAGCCUCUACUGCUCCUCCCAACAAGUCCUGUGUCAGAUCAUCGGUGACCUCAGCCCCGAGGUGCCCAGCAAUGCCACCCUUAGCAGCUGGAAGGAGAGGAUCAGGCAGCACUAUGGCUUCUACAUUGGCCUGGGCCUGGCAUUUGUGUCCAGCUUCCUCAUUGGCAGCAGUGUCAUCCUCAAGAAGAAAGGACUCUUACGACUUGUGGCCUCGGGAUCCACUCGAGCUGUGGACGGAGGCUAUGGCUACCUGAAGGAUGCAAUGUGGUGGGCUGGAUUUCUCACCAUGGCUGCUGGAGAAGUUGCCAACUUCGGGGCCUACGCAUUUGCUCCUGCAACAGUCAUCACACCUCUGGGAGCACUGAGUGUCCUCAUAAGUGCCAUCUUUUCAUCCUAUUUCCUGGGAGAGUGUCUCAAUCUUCUGGGGAAGCUGGGCUGUGUCAUCUGUGUGGCCGGCAGCACAGUGAUGGUCAUUCAUGCGCCCGAGGAAGAGAAGGUCGCCACCAUCAUGGAGUUGGCUUCCAAGAUGAAAAACACAGGGUUCAUCGUAUUUGCUGUGCUUCUGGUGGUGUCCUGCCUCAUCCUCAUCUUCAUCAUUGCCCCACGUUAUGGACAAAGGAAUAUCCUCAUUUACAUCAUCAUCUGCUCUGUGAUCGGGGCCUUCUCUGUGACUGCCGUCAAGGGUCUGGGCAUCACCAUUAGGAACUUCUUCCAGGGGUUGCCAGUUGUGCGGCACCCCCUCCCUUACAUCCUGUCCCUCAUCCUGGCACUUUCCCUCAGCACUCAGGUCAACUUUCUCAACAGGGCAUUGGACAUAUUCAACACUUCCCUGGUGUUCCCCAUCUACUAUGUGUUCUUCACCACAGUGGUCGUCACCUCCUCCAUCAUCCUCUUCCAGGAGUGGUACAGCAUGUCUGCUAUCGACAUCGUGGGCACCCUCUCAGGCUUUACUACCAUCAUCCUGGGUGUCUUCAUGCUUCAUGCUUUCAAAGACCUGGACAUCAGCUGGGCCAGCUUACCCCAUAUGCACAAAAACCCAACCCCACCUCCCGCCCCGGAGCCUACUGUCAUCAGACUAGAAGACAAAAACGUCCUUGUGGACAACAUAGAACUUACCAACACCCCAUCGCCAGAACAGAAGCCCAAAGUAUUUAUAAUCCAUUCUUAAAGCUCGUAAUAUAUGAGUGAGAGGAUAACCCCAAUGGAACAGACUGACCUCUCAGUUUCAAAACCGCCUGGUUAUUUUCAGCAUGACUGUUACCAAUGGGCUCUCUUUUCUUGAGAUGUUAAUUUAUACCUCAUCACUGUUUCCAGGAGAAAAAUCCCUACACAGUGGGCAGUGGUGGCAGAACUUCCUGGAAACACAGCCUCAGUGACCAAGUGCCCUAGUUUACAUUGGUGCCAGCAGGUCCCCUGGACCCUCCUUCCCAUUCAUUCCGCCAGUGCCAUCUCUAUGUUGUUGGGAAGAAGCUAGAAUUUGACCCAUUGAAUGUAGCACUGCCUAAGGAGGUACUAGUCAUCAGGAAAUCCUUUAUGCCAAUUCUCCUGAGACUGCAUCUCCAUGCCUUAGUCCAAGGAUGCAAUUGAGCUGGCUCCCAGAGGCCCAGAGAGCAAUUAGCUAUGCCUGCCUAUCCAGAACUGACAGGAAUACAGCCAAUAUAUAAAGCAUCCUGUUGCUUUUGCCACUGCCGCUGGAGACAGAGGAAAGGCCUCAGCUGACUCUUCACUGUGAAAGCCACCUGAUGUCUCAGGGAAAAAUCGCAACCAGCCCAUUCCCCAAGCACUGCAGCCUGGUGGUUAGCAUCCUGGUGUCAUCUUUACUCCAUCCCCUCCCCUCUCAGUAUUCACCCGAGGGAGCCGGUCACUGAGAUGUGCAAGCAAUAAUCUUCUAACUCAAAACAACAACAAAGACAUCUCACGACCGAGCUCUGCUGGCCAAGCUCAGUGUUACUUUUUGCUUACUCAAGAAAAAGAAGAGUAAUCACACUGCUUUGAAAAGUGGCUUGGCUGCUGGGCUGGAAUUUGGCAGAAUGCAUUUUCCUUUCCUUCAAGGAGUCAACCAAUGUAUGAUUUGGGGAGGUGGGGAGGUAUGUGAGGAGCAGAGCAGGAUUUGGCCAGAAAGCAGUCACAGGCUCCCUGACUUUUGUAUUUACUCUGGUGCCCAGCUGGAAACCCACGCAGUAAAAACUAAAUUCUGGGCUGCAGCCUUAAAGACUUGGCCAGUGGGACCAGCCUUGAAUCUCAGUGCCCAACUGGAGAUACAGGCUUGGCAGGGGGGUGCCUUCUGGUUGUUGGCCAAGUGGCCACUGAAUCCCCAACACCAUUGAUCACUGCCCACACUGGGAAGCAGCAUGGUGACUGCUUUACCACCACCUGCUGUGGAGACUGCCUGUGGUCCCCUCACAUGUGGCCAGAGGUAUCCACAAAACAAGAGCAGCUGGAGAGGGAUAUGACUGACAUCCCUUCCCUUUCCAUCUUAGCUGCAAGAGUGUGGCCAUUGGUUCAAGGACCAUUAGAAAGGGAAAUUGGGGAGGGAGCCAGAAUAUCUGGAAACAGGGAAGACCUGACCCUUAUCCCCCACGUUGGUAGAACCUUUCCUGAGUAACUCCCUACCUAUGGCCUGCCUUUACAUCCUGCACCCUCAGAAUGGCCAAGCCCAGGCCCAACCCUGGCUGGUCUUGGAGCUACGAAGGUUUGACUGACCACAGACCAGCUCCCUGCACCUCUAGCCUCAAGUUCCCAGUUUUUAAUGAAUGUGGAUUUCUGUGACUAAAAUCAAUGCAACACUUUGGAUCUUGAGAAGGGCAGUAGACUGAGGGCCCUGAGAGAAUGGUCUACAGGGUCGAGAAUAAAGACUGCAGCUUGUGUUUACUUGAUGCUUGCAUACUGAUCUUCCUUGAAUAUGAAGCAACUAAAUUAGUCCCUCUACUGCUGGCAGGCCAGUCCCCUGGCCCUGAAAGACAUGGCUGCCAAGACAGUCUCUAUGGUGCCUUUCAGAGUUAUGCCCCAGCUAGAGUGGGGAAGGUUGUUUUUGGAAUAGAAUCAAAGACAAUCCAUCCUUAGUUAAUGCCUGAGCCCUUACCAGGUUCCAGCCAUAGUAAGUGCUUCACAUGAAUUCUCUUUAACACCUCGUAGAUCCCCAAGGUGGAUAUAUUUUUAUCCUGUUUAGAUAUGAAAAAUGAGGACACACAGAGAUUAAAUUUCUCAAGGUCACACAGCCAGGAAGAGAAAACGUUCAUUUCUGGGUUCAAAACCACAGACUUAACCUCUAGGCACUGUGAGUUUCCCCAAAAGACUAAACUUGUUCCCCAUUACAAUAUCUGAUACCACUGUGUUCAUUAUUUUCCUGUGCCUGGUGGAAAGUGAAUGAGAUCUCCCCAUCCAGAUAUGAGACCCAUAAAGACUGGUCUUCUCAUUGCUUAUCCUCAGUGAAGAAACAAUACGAACAACUUCUAAACUUUCUUGGGAACUAGUUCUGCCCCAAACAGAUCCCAGUAGAAUCCUGGCAUAUUAAACUGAGACACUAAUGUAGUCAGUGGUUUCUGAGCAUGCAGCCCUUGCCGGACACUACUGACAAUCAUGGCACUUUAAGAAGUAGGUAACAUUCCUAUAUUUGCAUAGCAAAGAAUGACUCAGAGUUCUGGAAUUUCUCUUGGCUCACACAUCUAGCAAAUAGCAGAGU